CGUGAUGACAGGGUCAACAACAUGGCGCUGUCCAUGGUUUAUGAAAUUCCUCGUUUGUUCGUUGAUAUGUGUGUUUUAGUCUAAAGCUUUAUUCGCUUAAGAACUUGUGAAGCAGUGUUUGUUAAUAAAACACCCAUUGGGUUCGUCAGAAACAUAAACAGUUCUAAGAGCUUCACCAUGUCUGGCUCAAAUGUUUGGAGUCGCAGCCGGGAGAAGAUGAGACUUUUCCCCGAACUUUUUGCACAGUGUACGAUGGAGGCAACGGCGUAUGGGAAGUGUGUGGCAGCUACCACAACCAGCAGACAGGAGUUAAAGAAGGACUUGUGUGUCAAGGAGUUUGAGGCACUCAAGACCUGCUUUGUAAAUGCAGCCAAGAAAAAAGGCAGAUGAAUGGGAACCAUCCUGGAGGAAAAUGGACCUGACGUAAGAAUCAACGGUGUGGAUGCUAUUGGAAAAGAUAUUUAUAAGCUCUGCGAUCUUUGGUGUUAACUGAAUGUGUGUUGUGUGCAGAGGUGGGUAACUCUGCUCCAGAGUAGAAGUUCUACCCACAUAUUUGUUCCAACCAUUCACUAAACCAGCCUAUUUUGAUGAGCACAACUCAUCCUUCAGGUAGAAGGGAUAAUAAGUGGAAUCACCUGUGUUAAGUGAACCGGUAGAAACAAUACAUGGCAAGACUUUUUCUCUUUGAAGCUAGGAUUCCCCAUCUCUGGUUGUGGGCUUUUUCAUGACUUCCAAAUGCAGUGACACAAAGCCAUAUUUAUACAUUCAUAAAACUGUUUCUUUUUCUAUGUAAUAUCAUAAUGUAUAUAAUUACAUAAUAAUUGUGUUAUGUACGGAUGUGAAUAAACUAUGUUUUUCAUGUUUAUUGGAAUGCACUCCA